GAAUUGAAGAAAAUGAAAUUUCGACAAGAAGGCGAUGACAAUAUUGCGGCAAAUUUUGGAUGGUUAUAUCAUGAGGGUUUCAGGGUAAGACCUUGCCGCAAGACAUUUCAUUUUUUUUUCAGCGUUUGGCAAAAUUUGCAAUUAUUUUUUCUUCUUCUUUCUUCUAACAGCUCUCACCAUUACUGGUUAAGCCAGCUUCAUAUUGCCGUAUUCAUGUUGCGUGAUACUCUGGACCAAUUUGCACAACUCUUGAAUGCCGACAAGUGA